CUCAUGACUGAGUGAUACACAUGAGCCACAAGUCAAGCGUUCUUCCAUCUGCUUUUCCACUGUCAGUCGAGAUAUUUUGAGGCAUCGUCUAAAGGGUAUUGCGUGGCGGCAUUUUUGCUCUACUGGCAGAAUCCGCAGGAGGCCUUGGAACCUAGGGAGUAUUGGACUAGACUGCAGGAAGAGAGACUUCUAGAAUAAAGGCUGAUCGGAGGCAGGAGUGCAUACCAAAGAACCUGGUGUUGGGUUACCCGAUGCGACUUGAAAGCAUCCCACGUAUAAGAAGCAGAAACGUGCGUGCUGCAUCAAACGAGCACAUCUAAGCAGACUACGCUCACAUUAUCAUUAAUACGAAAUCGCUGGUUAGUUAAUUUAGACAAAAAAAGGCCCAAUCUGCAGACCAAUAGAAAGCUACAUUAGUAAACUCACGGCGAGGGGCCAGAAGACACCGGUGGAUUGUUAAAAGCCGAAGUUUUAGUCUAGGAUAUCUCAACAUUCACUGCUGGAAUGAAUAUCGAGAUUAAAAUCCCACUCACUCACCCGCGAGUGGAGUACAGUAUCACGGGUGGUGAUGGGGCAUCCCACCCCAUCAUAGUCUCAUCUGUACCAGCGUCUUCGAAACCCAUGAUCACCCGGCAGGUAUACACUACCGGUAAUCCGCAACAAACUACUGUAGAAUCAGCCACAAUGCGGACUUCAUCUGGCCAGCGCGUGGAGGUAAAUGUCCAACCCUCUGCACCUACUAAACCUACUCUAUACCAAGGCUACUAUGUCACAUCACCUCAGCCAACUAUCAUCAGUUCACCAACGGAGUCAUCAUCAUCAUCCCAGCCGAACUUCACCACCAAGAUAAUCAGUCCUCCUUCAAAUCAAGCAGAGCCCGCUCGUCAGAGUAGCCGGGUAGAAUGUGACGAGCACCGAUUUAUGGUCACUCUGGAUGUUAGUGAGUAUCGUCCUGAAGACGUAGAAGUUAAGGUCAAAGAUAACAAGUUGACAGUGCAUGCAGAGCAAAGAGAAGGUAACACAGCAACAGGGUAUGUCCAGCGAGAGUAUUACCGCCAAUAUACGCUGCCUGAAGAUGUGGAUAUCAGUCGUGUCAAGUGUUACUUAUCAGAGAAGAAGAUUCUGACCGUGGAGAUACCCCGAGUACCCCUCACCGAUACCAGAGAAAGACAGAUACCAAUUAUGAUGAUGGAUGGAAACCGGAAUGCUACCGGAGGGGGGAAACGCGCCUAUUUUGUGGAAGAAAUGAAUACCAGUGAUGUAGAUUCCCACAGAAAAUGACCAGAUGUGGCGAAUAUUGGCAACCAUAUCCUGGGCAUGACAACAAAGUAAGCAUGGAUGUAGUUUUAGGUUGGGAAAAGAUAUAAUGCAAGUUUCAAAACAGCUGACUUCAAAGAGGUUGUCACAGACUACUAGCACGUACUGCAUGGUACCUAGCUGUAAUUAUUCUAGGCUAAGAACCAUAGAAUUGACUUUAAGUUACCCAUUUACUUCGUACUCCUUUAUAAUGCUGGCCAGUAGCACUUUGCAUGGACCCAGAUUUGAUCUUUGAACCUACGAUUAUCAUGCAGCCGAAGAAAUUGUCAAAAUUCCAAUACCUUUUAAGUAGUAAAAUCAAAACUAUUUUAAUAAAAUUGACACAUGGUUGUCUCGAUUGAAAAAUUGGUGCCUUGUCAUCUGACAUAAGUAGUUACGUCAACAUACCGAAGAAACAUGUUGUAAUGUGUUAUUAAAGAGCAUUAUGGAGCAUUAAACCACUACUGUCUUAUCUGUACGGCGGCUUGACAUGCCGCAUCUUGCGUGAUCAAAAUCUUUAUUCGCGCGCGGGAAGAUUACACUCCACUAAAAUAUCUGAAUCGCGCUGCAGCCCUGAAUGGAAUGGUAUGCUGCCCUACAUUUCAUACUGCAAGCCGAAUCAAAUCCUCUUUCUAUUCACCCCCUUGAUAACCAGUAAAUUAUGAGAUGCGACGUGCUACAUGUACAAGAACUUGAAGAAAGAAUGUGAGUCGUGUCACGGCUUAUUUGCAUAGUAAACUUAUACAGUGCCAAUACAAGUUCGCAAUGGGGGAGUUGUGUUGGUGUGAUGAAGGUGGACACAUGGUAGGCCUACAACGAACGCGAUCUGAUGCAUGUUUCCUCUCAAACAUGGGAUUGACAGUAGAUUCGUAACUAUAAAUUUGACCAAGUUACAAGAGGGCGUUGACCUGCUUAAAAAAAACGGACGUCUUAGAGUGCUUCAGCUCUGUGUCAGAAUUAAUGAACGAAGCUGAGCUGUCUUGUGAUUUGCAUCUAGAGUGAAUGAGUAUAACAUCGUAAAUUUCAGGAAUCCAGAAUUUAAUGGUACGUCUGACAUAGAUCGUGCAUUUGUUUUUAUUUUUAGUUUAAACGCCAUUGCCAAAUUACAUUGCCUCUUUUAAAAGAAUUGCUUAUAUCUAACAAACUGUUAAGUUAUUUGAAAAUUAAGAUAAUACCUAUGUAAGAUAUUUUGUAAUAUGGUCACCUAAUGUCAAAAAGUCAUCUAAGCUGUGUUCAACGUUCGCUAAACGUCGGCUCAGAGAGACUUCGAAGUUCGAGAGGAUGUGAUUUUAGAAGGAACAGAUAAAAAUUGCAGUUACUGGCCGUCAGUAGUGCUGAGUAAUACGUGGGAAAUUUGUCCACUAUGCAGUCUGUAUAUUGAAAUACUUGAAAUCGCCAUAAAUUCCUGUUUCUGUUGAUGUGAAUAAUGUUAAAUUGAAAAUGAGCGUAAAUAUCGUUAAUUUAUAUAUAGCAAAAAGGAUAAAGGCUGCUUGAUGGAGUUAACGCUUUCUGCAUGCGAAACGUAUAAUGUAUUUGUAAAUCGAGUUCUUGUAAUUUAGAUGAAAAUGUACAAACAGUUGCUUUUAAUCAAAGGUGCAUUUAAAAGUUAUUCUGAGUCUUGAUUUCGACGGAAUUGUAACUGGUGUCUGUGUACUCCGAGGGUUUUCAACUUUGUUCAUUUAAAGCAAGUGUGAUUCUUUUAAUUUAAACUCGAAAUACUUAAAGCUUGAAUUUUGUGUUCAAAGCCAAAAGACUUUUUUAAUUCAAACUUUUUUAGUCAACGUCAACAUUAAUAAUUAACGUUUUUAUACAAAUUUCAAUUCUUGUAAAUUAAAACCAUCUGUUUUAUUGGCAAAAGUUGCUUAUUAACGGGAGGUUAAUUGCUGUCAAUGGCCAAGUUUCGGAGUUGUUAUCGUUUUGUUUGGGGGCUUAUUUUGUUUUAUUUUGUUUUAUUUUUUGGUGUUUGUUUUAACCAAAAACUGGGUUGAGGGUUAGCAUACUCGAACUUAUUGUAUACCACGGCUUUAGCGUUCAGAGAAGUGGAACUUUUAUAGGUCGAUUAGCUUAAAUUCCUCUUGACGUAAUUGACUCUUUACGUGUCUCUGACUAAAUUCCCUGGAGUGCUAACUCCACAUUGUUUGUUUAAGUGGUACUUUAUGAAGCAUUCAUACCAUUAUUAUCGGAAUGUUAGGCAGGGAAUUCACAUGAAUGACGCACAAGCUGUAGGCAAUGGGGAUUCAAUGUCAGACAUUCUUGCCUGAGUUUGGUCAUGUGUAUCCUAGCUCAACCGGCAACAACAUUUCAUCUUCUGUCAUUUAUAAACACAACCUUCUAUGUACAAGAGCAAAAGGAAAUACACUUGAAGAAAAUAAAUAAAUAAAUAAAGUGUUAAAGUUCAAAGAGAACUAUAGAAUUAA